CAUAGAUAUUCGCUUCGCUUCCCUCACUUUACACCUUCUUUUCCUUUCCCUCUUUCCCUCCUCCCCUCCCACCCCCUUUUAUCUCUCCCUAUCCUUGAUUGCGCGAUUUAUUUCUCAUCCGCCUCACGAUCGCAACUCUGUAUCCAAAACCCCCCACUCUCAGCUCCGUCAUGUCCGCUGUGUCUCGCCGUCAUGUCAUGAUGGAACUUUCUCGCCGUCGCCGUUCAUAAUUAACUACUAAUGAUCUGCAUUGCGCAUUCCUCGGGUUUGCCCUCUUCUCUCGGACGCUCAGCAUUCUUCGACCAUAUUUCUCGCCUGUGAACGACUCCUGCCAUUAAUUCGCCUUGUUUGUUGUUCGACGGGCAGUGCUUGGGUUGUAAGUUCACAGGUUCAGCCUUCAAUCAAACCCGUUCACGACCCUUUCUGCUCUAUUACGUCACAUCCCAGCAACACUGCAACGCGAAGCGUUUUUGCCAAAAUGGAAGGAGUUGAGACUGUGGAUGUUAGCUGGCUCCAUCAUUCGCAUAAAGACCAUUUAUCCCGCUGCAAGUCGGCUUCAUCACUGGUCAGCGACAAAUCGAUACCGGACGGAGGGGCCGCCCAUCUGCAACAAUGUGACGCCGAAAAGAAGCCUCCUACCGAGAAUAAUAAUGCCCCGACUACGGCAACACCCAGUGUGGCGUCACAAAGUGAGAAGGAGGUGAAAACAUCUGAAAAGGCGGUGGAUGCGAAACAGACGGGCUCCUCACCUGCCUCACAAAAGAGCGCCCCGCGCCCAAUUGCGGGCAGGCGAAACUCAUGGAUCUCCAGCCUCAGCUCGAGGUUCUCCUCGGGUUCCACGCCUCCCUCACAAUCCAACAUGAAAGCACAACCGAGCACCAAAGCAACGUCGCCCGUCUCGAAGAUGGACAAUCACAACCCCUUUGGCGCAGCGUAUUCCCCGAAGGAUAAGGAGGAGGAGCGGAAGGAUGAGAACAGCCCAUUUGCCUCCACUUCCCCCAAGGGUCCCUCGUUCUUGUCGAGCGCAUUUCGGAAGCUUUCCUCAUCUGCAUCAGGCGGUUCAGGCAAAUUGGCCACUAACGGUACGAUAUGUCCGCGUCGGGUUAUGAACAUCGACCAAGACCGGGAUAGAUGCAAGGUUGCCGAUCUAAAUCAGGCGAAAUUGCGGCGUGUUGCUUUCUGCGUUGAUGUUGAGAUUGCGGGGCUAUCAUAUCGAGAGUCGGAUGAAGAGGCGCCGGCGAUCAACAGCAAGCGUCAUAUCGUGCCGGAUAUCCAUGGCCCAAAACUGAAGAGGUCGAACUCGAAGUCGAAGGACAAGAAGGACAAGGAUGAGACUACCCCGGCGAAAUCGCAAUCUGCAACCACUGCCAAGGAAGGUAACACCCAGGAACAAACUGCUACUGGCAAGUCUUCAGGCUCGCCUGGAACGGCAGCUAGUGAAGCAACGCCCAACGGGGAAACCAAAGAACCGAGCAGAAAACAAGAAAAAAAGAAAAGGUCAGAGGAGGAGCGCAGGGAGCGGAGAGAAAGAAGGCGAAGGCAGGCUGAAGCUAAUGGCACAAUUCCCAUGCAACUGACGGCCGACGGUGAGGAGUACGGCGUUCGCACGCCGGCGUCUGGCAACAGUCGUCCCAAGUCUCAAAGUCACCCGACCACGGAUCCGGUCAGAAUCUAUCGGCGCUGUUGUCAGUUGCGUGAAACCCCCGUGUUGAAGAGGAUAGUGGAUGAAAUCUCCAAGCCGUCUUCCACCCUAGCGGAGUCUCCGGGCACUGUUGCUGUACUAGACUUGAGCACUUUCCCCAUGACCUCUGAAGACACAGCCACAUUUUGUGACUGGCUGGCCGUUGUUCCGGUUCGAAAGCUCAUCCUCGAGGAGUGUGCCUUGACUGAUGAUUCGGUUCGGUCGAUCCUCGCCGCUUUGCUCUCCACCCGGACAGUAGAGCAAAUGUGGAGCAAACGCAAGAGAGGCAAGAUGUCAGAGAUGCCAUCUCUGGAAAAGGAAGAGAGGUUCAGCGUCAUUGAGAAAUUGUCGCUGAAGGACAACCCAAAAAUCAGCACGGAGGGAUGGCUUCAUAUUUGUCUUUUUGUUCAUCUUUCCAAAUCUCUGAAGGCCAUCGAUUUGUCUGGCAUCCCGCUUCCCAGGACACCUAUCCCCAUAAGUGCUUCUGGAAAAUUGGCUGUCCAGCCUGCGAAUUGCACAACAGCCUCUACCGAGCUAACGGCUGUCUUCGCCAACGCGCUCGCUCAGCGCUUCGGCGGGGAUCAUCUCGAGGAGCUUCUUCUCAGCGAAUGCAAUCCGACGGCUGAGGAUACUCAGCGGAUCUGUGACGCAGCCACCACUGUGGGUCUGAGAAGACUUGGAUUUGCCAAUAACGCGCUCUCAAGAGAAAGUCUGGAGCAUGUUGUACGCUAUUUGAAGGCCGGAAAAUGCGAAGGUCUUGACUUGGGUGGGAACCCGAUCCGGGACCACCUUGACUUGAUUACCUCUGCCAUCUCUGAUGUGCACCCGCUCUAUGCGCUGAGUCUGGCCGAUUGCUCUCUUACGCCCACUACCGUUUACCCGUUGCUCCAAGGAUUGGCCUGCCUGCCUGAUCUUCGCUUCGUUGAUUUCUCCCACAAUCCAGAGUUGUUCACCAUGAAGCCGGACGCAUUACCAACAUUCAGGCGCUUUCUUCCGAAGAUGCCUGCGCUCAAACGGAUCCAUCUCGCGGAUGUGAACAUGUCCCCUGACCAAGCAAUUGCUUUAGCCGAAGUUUUGCCGGAGUGCCCGAGCCUAUGCCAUCUCAACAUCCUGGAGAACCCCUUGAUCACGGCGCUGGCGUCGGCAACUGAUCCAGCCACACAGGAAGAAGCGUGUGCCGUCUAUGCGUCGUUGAUGGCCGCGGUGCGCGUUUCUCGCACUAUUAUUGCUGUUGACAUUGAAGUCCCCACUGCGGAGAAUAACGAAGUUGUCAAGGCUCUCGCAUCCCAGAUCGUCGCCUACUCUCUUCAAAACCUCGAACAAGGUGCCAUCGCAGUCGAGUUUUCCGAUUUUUCUGAAAUUGCGGCCGCACGCUCAGCUGUCCAUGUUCCGGAAAUUCUGCAGCAUAUCGUUGGUCACGGUGCCGGGGAAGAAGCAGUCGAAGAGGAUGACGACCCGGCUCCCGACGAAGACUAUGUGAUUGGUGGUACUGGUGUGGUUAAAGCCUUGGGUGUUUGCCUUGGUAAUGUAGACCGCUCUCUUCCUGGGGAUCAAUCUGGCCCCCCUAGUGGCACAGCAACCCCUCGACACCGGAAAUCCCGGUCCUUCGUCACUAGAAAGCCUCGGGACAUGUCCAAAAAUCUACUGGAGUCUGCGCGCAACAUUCGGACCCGUAUUCAAACUGCCCUCGUACGGGAAGAUAGGGCUGGCAAUGACACCAACUAUAGGCGUCUCCAGUUCCUGGAUUUCACGUUGCAGAGGAUGAUCCAGCGGUUUGAAGACGAAUAUCCUGAAACACGUAUUGUACCACAGGCGGUGCCCUAUAGCUUCCCCGAAACCAGCUCUCAGAACUCUGGCGAAGAUGUGUGGGGUGCGCGUGCUGGCGAUGGCACACCACCCAAUGUCACGCAUGGUGAUGCUGAAGCUGCUGCGGAUGACGAGGAUGACCACUACGCUGUCCGACUGUCCCGGGCAAGCUCGAUCACAUCACUCCAUUCGCGUGCCAUGACCCAUGAGGAAGGUCACGUACAUCGCUUGGGGCAGAAUCUCCGACGAGAUUUCCUGAGCCCGUCGUUCGAUCCGACGGACGACGAUGCGUCAUCGCUCACUUUUGACGAAUCGCAUAUCGCUGCGUUACGAGAGAAGCUCGACCGGUUGCAUCUGGAUCAAAUGCGGUCGAACUUCGAGAGUGUCAACGCAGCUAAGGCGUUCAAAGACCUCGGCACGACGGUGGACGAGCUCUGGGCUGCCCAGCAACAAGACUCGGAAGGCUUCGAGAAGUUCCGACAAAGCCAGAUCGCUGCACAGAUCAAUAGCGGCAAGAGAUCUCCAUCUCCGUUACCUGGGGCUCAUAAACAAACAAAUCAGGCCGAGCCUGAUCGUCCUUCACCGUAUUGAGAGGUUUCAAUAAGUACAGCCUUUCUUCCCAGCGACUAUUGCCUCUCUGGGAUAAUAUCGUUUAACCUUGGCCCGGUGAUCUAUCUACGUCAUUUUGGAGUCGGUAGCCAGCUUUUCAUACCUGUGCAUUGGGGAUUAUAUCAUGCGAGGGGAUUUGCACAGCGCUGUAUAUACUUCCUGUGAGGUUAUGUCGUCUAUAAUGCUUGUAAACUAAGUAGCGAGACCAUUAAGAAUGGGCCAUUUUGGACUUGACG